GACCUCAUGGAUCUCAUAGGAGAAGACAGAAAGUGGAUGGUGGGGAGGAAGCUAAUGCAGGUGAACGACACUCUGACUUCUGAAGAAACAGGACUCCGGAACAGCAAGAACUGCACUGAACCAGCCCUGCAUGAAUUCCCCAAUGACAUCUUCACCAACGAGGAUAGAAGACAAGGAGCGGUGGUCCUCCACGUGCUCUGUGCCAUGUACAUGUUCUACGCGCUGGCCAUUGUGUGUGAUGACUUCUUCGUCCCCUCUUUGGAAAAGAUCUGUGAGCGUCUGCACCUCAGUGAAGAUGUGGCUGGGGCCACGUUCAUGGCAGCGGGAAGCUCGGCCCCAGAGCUGUUCACAUCGGUCAUAGGAGUGUUCAUCACCAAGGGCGAUGUGGGAGUUGGGACCAUCGUGGGCUCGGCAGUGUUCAAUAUCCUCUGCAUUAUUGGUGUCUGUGGGCUCUUCGCCGGGCAGGUUGUGGCUCUGUCCUCCUGGUGCCUGCUGAGGGACUCGAUUUACUACACACUGUCUGUGGUCGCGCUCAUCGUGUUCAUUUAUGAUGAAAAAGUUUCCUGGUGGGAGUCUCUAGUCCUUGUGCUGAUGUAUUUUAUCUACAUUGUCAUCAUGAAAUACAACGCUUGCAUCCAUCAAUGCUUCGAAAGGAGGACAAAAGGUGCUGGGAACAUGGUCAACGGAUUGGCCAACAAUGCUGAAAUCGAUGACAGCAGCAACUGUGACGCAACCGUGGUGCUACUUAAGAAAGCCAAUUUCCACCGCAAAGCGUCCGUGAUCAUGGUGGACGAGCUGCUGUCGGCUUACCCCCACCAGCUUUCUUUCUCCGAGGCUGGCCUUCGCAUCAUGAUCACCAGCCACUUCCCCCCCAAGACCCGGCUCUCCAUGGCUAGCCGCAUGCUGAUCAAUGAGAGACAAAGACUGAUAAACAGCAGGGCUUACACCAAUGGGGAAUCUGAGGUGGCCAUCAAAAUCCCAGUCAAACACACCGUGGAGAAUGGAACAGGCCCCAGCAGUGCCCCAGACAGGGGCGUGAAUGGGACUCGGAGGGACGAUGUUGUUGCCGAGGCUGGCAACGAAACAGAGAAUGAGAACGAGGACAACGAGAACAAUGACAAUGAUGAGGAGGAAGAGGAGGAUGAGGAUGAUGAUGAAGGACCAUACACACCAUUUGACCCUCCCUCUGGCAAACUGGAAACAAUGAAAUGGGCAUUCACCUGGCCACUGAGUUUCGUGUUAUACUUCACUGUACCCAACUGCAACAAGCCCCGCUGGGAGAAAUGGUUUAUGGCAACGUUUGCUUCCUCCACAUUGUGGAUUGCAGCCUUUUCCUACAUGAUGGUGUGGAUGGUCACUAUCAUCGGUUACACUCUGGGGAUCCCUGACGUCAUCAUGGGCAUCACCUUCUUGGCCGCCGGAACCAGUGUGCCCGACUGCAUGGCCAGCCUCAUCGUGGCCAGACAAGGGAUGGGGGACAUGGCCGUGUCCAACUCCAUUGGGAGCAACGUGUUUGACAUCCUGAUUGGCCUGGGGCUCCCCUGGGCUCUGCAGACCCUGGCUGUGGAUUAUGGAUCCUACAUUCGGCUGAAUAGCAGGGGACUGAUAUACUCAGUGGGCUUGCUCCUAGCCUCUGUCUUUGUCACGGUGUUCGGCGUUCAUCUGAACAAGUGGCAGCUGGACAAGAAGCUGGGCUGCGGCUGCCUGUUCCUGUACGGCGUGUUCCUCUGCUUCUCCAUCAUGACGGAGUUCAACGUGUUCACCUUCGUGAACUUGCCCAUGUGCGGGAACCACUGACCGCUGGGCCACCCGCAGAGGCUCCGUUCCUUCUCUGUGCAAUACCAGGCCCGGCCGCACCCGAGUCACACGGGCCCCAGGGGCCAUGGCGUUCGCCUCUCCCGGCUGUCCACAGGCUGCCACUCCUGUCCUG